AUGGCUUCUCCUGCCCCCACUGCUCCGCAAACACCGUGGUCGCCCCAGUCGUGGCGCUCCAAGCCCGUCGGACAGCCUGUUGCGUACCCGGACCCGUCGUCCUCGUCGAGCACACACCCUGCGCCCGACCCCGUCCUGUACAAGAAGAAGCAGGGACUCGAAGAUGUCGUCUACAAGCUCGAGACACUCCCUCCCAUCGUGUCGGCGACAGAGAUCGAACGACUGAAGCUCAGCUUGGCGAAUGUGGCAAACGGCAAGGCCUUCUUGCUGCAGGGAGGAGACUGUGCAGAGCUCUUCGACUACUGCACAAGCGAGAAGAUCGAGCACAGGCUGUCCCUGCUGCUCUCGAUGAGCUUGAUCUUGAUUUGGGGAAUGAAGAUGCCCGUCGUCCGCAUUGCUCGCAUGGGAGGCCAGUACGCGAAGCCCAGGUCGAAGCAGACAGAGGUCGUCGACGGCAAGGAGAUUCCGUCCUUCCGCGGCCACAACGUCAACGGCAUCGACGUGGACGACCGCCUUCCCGACCCCGAACGCCUCCUUUCCGCCUACUUCCACUCCGCCGCAACCGUCAACCACGUCCGCUCCCUCCUCGCGUCCGGCUUCGCCUCCCUCCCGACCGGCGGCAACCACACCGUCCCGUGGUCGCUCCCUCUCGCGCACGUGCGCUCGCCUGAACUGCUCAAGAGCUACGAGGACAUCGUGAAGAGCUUGAGCGACGCACUCGAGUUCAUGAGCGUUAUCGGUGUUGACCGCGGGACGGGCGGUGCGGCUGGAGCUCUCGAGAGCGCAGACAUUUUCAUGAGCCACGAAGCCCUCAUGCUCGAAUACGAAUCCGCCCUGACCCGCCUGCUCCCCGUCCCCUCCUUCGCCGCCUCCGAACCGGGCGAGAAAGGCUACUACUGCACCUCUGCGCACACGGUCUGGAUCGGCGACCGCACGCGCGCGCUCGACGGCGCGCAUGUCGAGUUCUUCCGCGGAUUGCGGAAUCCGGUGGGCAUCAAGGUUGGACCGUCGAUGGAGCCGGAUGAGCUGGUGAGAUUGUUGGGGAUCGUGGAUCCGAAGAAGGAGCCGGGAAAGGUCACCUUGAUCAGUCGCUACGGAGCGGAUUUGAUCGACAAGAAGCUCCCCGCGCACAUCAAGGCUGUCCAGCAGUCCGGCCACAAGGUCAUCUUUGCCUCGGACCCGAUGCACGGCAACACCAAGACCUCCUCCGCCUAUCCGGGCGUCAAGACUCGUCACAUGCACGACAUAGUCUACGAGAUCUCUGCCUCUCUCCGGAUCCACUCUGAGCUCGGCUCGAGGCUGGGAGGCGUGCAUCUCGAGUUGACGGGGGAUAUUACCGAGGACGGGUUGAGUGUGACGGAGUGUUUGGGGGGAAGUAUGAGGUUGGAGGAGGAGCAGUUGGGUCUGAGGUUCGAGAGUUACUGCGAUCCCCGCCUUAACUUCGAACAAAGCCUCGACAUCGCUUUCAUGCUCUCGCAAGCCGGCGGACGCGGACGCGACCACCAGCGCAUCCUGGACGAGCUUGCUUCACGCCCGGGGAGCGUCGAUAGUCGAGUUAAGCAGUAG